AAUCUUAAACAUGUUGAGCUCCGUUACCAAGGGUGUUCUAAUCUUAUUAGUAAUUGGAAUUUUGAAAACAAAUGGCGAUUGCUGCGGUCGUGGUAAACACGGAUUUUGUCAAAAUUGUGCGAAGGUUAGCAUUUGGGGAAGACAAAAAUGUUGUGGCCUGACAAGUGGAAAGAAAGGUGGAGGAUGCAAUAUAUUUUGUUGCAAUUGUAUAUGUGCUCAUGGACAUCCUAUUAUCACCUACAAGAGAUACUUGAAAGAGGGCGAAACAAGCCACUACACUUGUAAGCGAGACGUUCAUACCGUUCCUCACGGUGAUGUUGACAGAUACAUCGACCACGAUUCCAAGAAAAGCGCUUGGGAAGUUUUCAACAGCGUCGAUCAAGACCAGGAUCUCAAAAUCAACCGGAAUGAGUUUUUCGACGCUAUCAAAGCUCGCUUGUCAGAUGACAACGAUGAUGCUGACUUAUUCGCAUCUCAUCUGCUGGAUACCGAUUUCCUCGACACAAUAUCCGCCUAUUUAGAUGCUGAUGAUGAGGUGGUUCAUGAUACCGUGAAGGAACGUGCCAUGCGUUCAAUUUUCCAGGAGUUUGAUAAAAUGGAUGUGGAUGAAGACGGGUAUAUCCAGGCUGGCGAAUUCGACAAAGAUUUAAAAUAAACCAAAAGUUAUAUCCUUUUGCCAGAAAUUUGAUUUUAGAUUGAACUAUAAUAUCAUGAACUGAGAAAAUUUCAUUUUCGUAACAUAUAAUAGGUUGCUUUGUGUACAUAUAUAUACCAAAUAAAAAGUCACCGACUGAUUGUUAACUAUUUGACUU